AUGGCGGCCGCCCGCUCCUCAGGCCCGAGCAGAGGCUGCUCCAGCCGGCGACCCCGCGCCGCGCAGCACCCUCCCUGCUGCUGCUGCUGCGCCUGCGCCUGCGCGCUGGGAGCCGGCGCGGCCUCCAUUUUGCGGCUUGGGGCCUGCUCGCAGCAGCGGAGCGGCAAGGCAGGGAGGGUGCUGCGCGGUGACCCUCGCAAUGCUGUUACGCCUCUGCAUUCCCGUAGCACGUCUGAAAGUUGCUCUGCUUCCAGUAGGACCUCGCAGAGGCUCAGCGGUGUACGUGUGGGUGGCUCCGAAGCAGUGCUUGAAGCAGCAUACGGGCUGCUGACAAGGACUUCGGCUACGUUAAAAGAAUGCGUAGCUGUCCGGGUCUCCAGAAAACUGAAACCGCAGUCCAGUCAAGUGACGUCUUUAAGGGACGAUUCACCACACGGCUGGUUUUCCUCAGGAGGAGGACGAAAAACCCGCGUUUGCUCGGGACCCCGCAUGCUGCUGCUGCUGCUGCUGGCGGCGGCUUGGGGGCCGUGUUUCUCGGGGGAGCUCCGCUCCCCGCAGCGGCGGUGGCCGGUGCCUUACAGGCGCUUUGAUUACCGUCCAAAAACUGAUCCUUACUGCCAAGCUCGUUACACCUUCUGUCCCACUGGCUCUGCCAUUCCAGUUAUGAAAGAGGAGGAUGUCAUUGAAGUGUAUCGAUUACAGGCUCCAGUAUGGGAAUUCAAAUACGGAGACCUACUGGGACAUUUGAAAAUUAUGCACGAUGCUGUGGGUUUCAAGAGCUCUCUAACGGGCAAAAACUACACAAUGGAGUGGUAUGAGCUCUUCCAACUUGGGAACUGCACAUUUCCACAUCUCCGGCCUGGCAUGGAUGCACCAUUCUGGUGUAACCAGGGAGCUGCCUGCUUUUAUGAAGGAAUAGAUGAUGCACACUGGAAGGAAAAUGGAACUUUAGUUCUCAUGACCACAAUAUCAGGAACCAUGUUUAAUGAAAUGGCAAAAUGGGUAAAAUACGACAAUGAGACUGGCAUUUACUAUGAGACCUGGACAGUUCAAGCAAGUCUCGACAAAAAAUCAACAGUAUGGUUUGACUCUUAUGAAUGCUCUAAAUUUAUACUGAGAACAUACCAGAAGCUAGCUGACUUAGGAGCUGUAUUUAAGAAGAUACAAACAAACUAUACGAGCAUAAUUUUAUUCAGUGGAGAACCUAUUUAUUUGGGAAAUGAAACAUCUAUUUUUGGACCACUAGGAAACCGGACAUUGGCAGCAGCUAUAAGAGACUUCUACUAUCCAUUCAAACCUCAUCGGACAGUUGGAGAGUUUUUUGUGGAUCUUUUAAAAAUAAUUGAUCGUGUCAUCUUGAAUCAUCAGUUUUACCUCUUCUAUAACUUGGAAUACUGGUUUUUACCUAUGAAGUUCCCUUAUCUCAAAAUAGUUUAUGAAGAGGUCCCUUUACCUAUUGGAAGCAAAACAUCCUUUGGUGUAUAAUUGCUUACUAAAGAACUGAAUUUGCCCUUAUGUCAGAACAUCCUUAAGGAUUUUGGCGUGCUACCAUGAUGGUAUUGAAGUGUUGUAUGUUUCACUGCCAACUGUGAAAGUUGUGUUGGGAAGGCUUUGCUCAACCACAUGAAAGACUAUGCCUUUUAUUCUUGUCACCUGUAUAACACAUUCAUGAAUGCUUCAGCAUCUCUGACUUGGCCAGCUUCUGUGUAAUUGUGGACACCUGCUGCCCGAAGGUAGGCUGAUGUGGCUCCUCUUGGCUAAACUCUGCAGUGCCAGAGGGUGAGUGGGAGGCAGCCUGCCUGCUGUGGUCUCAGGCACUCUCCACAUGGCCAUGUGGCGACAGAUAGCACCUGGCGACCAGCAGAGAUGGGACACAAGCGUUACAAGGACCUUCUGGUCUGACCAACUUGGCUAAUCCUUAUGUUGGAGCUAACAAGCCUGAGUGCCUAGAUGUGCCCAGUUCCCUCAACGUGUGCCUUAGAUUGGUCUGUAUUUCUUUGGUUUGUACAACAGGGACCUAUGAACUGUUCUCUGGUUCAUGACAUCACAGGCAUUCAGUGUGGUGGGAAGGGGCAGUGAAUCUGUUAGAAGAUGGCAUGGGUGGUAUCUUUUCACCACUUUGCUUCCUUCACCUGUACUACUGUGAACAUAAUACAUAUGGCUCUUCCUAAGAUCUGUGUGUGUUUUCUAGCACAGAUAGAAGGCAAACACCCUGUUUUGAUGUCAACUUUGGUGCAUAACUGCAGUGUUCUAGCAGUCUCCUGUCUUAAAGUCUACUUGAGGCUUCAAAUAGGUCAGUUUCGUAGAAAUCAUGUUUACAUUCCUUUUAAAUUUCUUUAAAAAGCAUAGAAUCCUUAAUGUGAAAGAAGCGAUCACAGUUUGGGUGUCGAAGUUGCAGUUAAAAAUCUGCGCUUGUCACAGGUUUGCCUGUAAAAAGUGAUUGCAGCCUCUUACUGGCAGUGAUGCUUGCAGUCAUGGUGCUGUGCCAGCUGCGAUGUCCUUGAGUCCUGUUCCAGGCUAUGCCUAGAGUGGCUUGGCAAUUAGUUCCCUUUAAACCCAAUGGACCAAAGCCAAGGGAACACUGCCUUUCUGGAGACCAGUGAGGUGCCUAUACACAAAAAAUACACCUGCAGCAGCAAAAUCAUCUCCAAGUGUACACUGCUCACUUUGUUGUUUUUUUUUUUUUUUUAAACUAGUUGCAGAAUGAGUAGCACUCCCACAGAGGUUGUUACUGCAUCAUGGCUAAGCAAUA